AAAGGUAAAGGGAGGGGAGAGAGACAGAGAGGAUCUGAGCAAUUGAAUAGCUAUCUUCUUCAUAGUUUAUGCUCACAGUCACGUAUCUAAAUACCGAGUAAUAAUUCUAUAUAAAUACUGGAAUAACAAUUGGAGAGUGAGAGGGAUAUUAGUACUGCUAGUGGCUGCCGAGUAUCUUUCCGGUCAAAGGGUAUAAUUGAUUGAGUUUCAGAAAGAUUUGGGUUUUUUUAAUUGAUAUUUCUCGAUGGGUAAAGGAGGGGAAGAUUAUGGUAAAAAGGAGGAGAACGGUAUCGAAUCACGAAAAAAGGAUGAUGAUACCUUCCCUGCUUGGGCUAAGGAUGUCAAGGAAUGUGAAGAGAAGUACGAAGUAAAUCGUGAAGUUGGGUUGUCGGAUGCGGAUGUUGAGAAGAGGAGAAAGAUCUAUGGGUACAAUGAAUUGGAGAAACAUGAGGGUGUUUCGAUUUUUAAACUGAUAUUGGAUCAAUUUAAUGACACCUUAGUUAGAAUUUUGCUAGCUGCCGCGGUUAUAUCUUUUGUAUUGGCUUGGUAUGAUGGGGAUGAAGGGGGGGAGAUGGAGAUAACUGCGUUCGUGGAGCCGUUGGUGAUUUUCUUGAUCUUGAUUGUCAAUGCGAUUGUUGGGGUCUGGCAGGAAAGUAACGCGGAGAAAGCAUUGGAGGCUUUGAAGGAAAUUCAAUCAGAGCAUGCCACUGUUAUAAGAGAUGCAAAGAAGUUCUCCAGCUUGCCUGCGAAGGAACUUGUCCCGGGGGAUAUUGUGGAGCUGAGAGUGGGUGAUAAGGUGCCUGCAGAUAUGCGGGUUUUGCAUUUGAUUAGCUCCACACUUAGGGUUGAGCAAGGGUCGUUGACAGGAGAGAGUGAGGCGGUGAGCAAGACUGUUAAGCCUGUUGCAGAAAAUACUGAUAUUCAAGGGAAAAAAUGUAUGGUUUUUGCAGGGACAACAGUAGUGAAUGGGAACUGUAUGUGCUUAGUUAUGGCGACCGGAAUGAAUACUGAGAUCGGGAAGGUGCAUUCCCAGAUUCAUGAAGCCGCACAGAAUGAGGAAGAUACCCCAUUGAAGAAAAAAUUAAAUGAGUUUGGAGAAGUUCUAACAGUGUUAAUUGGAAUUGUUUGUGCCGUAGUUUGGCUUAUUAAUGUGAAGUACUUCCUCACUUGGGAAUAUGUUGAUGGUUGGCCAAAGAAUUUUAAAUUCUCAUUUGAGAAGUGCACGUACUACUUUGAGAUUGCUGUCGCACUGGCAGUGGCUGCUAUACCAGAAGGGUUGCCAGCAGUCAUCACUACAUGUUUGGCACUUGGAACUCGAAAGAUGGCUCAAAAGAAUGCACUUGUUAGAAAACUGCCUAGUGUUGAGACUCUUGGUUGCACAACUGUCAUUUGUUCUGAUAAAACUGGUACUCUAACUACUAAUCAGAUGGCCGUAUCAAAGCUUGUGGCUAUGGGUUCUAGGGUUGGCACUCUGAGAGCCUUCAACGUGGAAGGGACUACCUAUAGCCCUUUUGAUGGAAAAAUAGAAGAUUGGCCUGUGGGUCGAAUGGAUUCUAACCUUCAAAUGAUUGCUAAGAUUGCUGCUGUUUGCAAUGAUGCUGACGUGGAGCAAUCUGGGAAUCAUUAUGUUGCUGGUGGAAUGCCCACGGAGGCUGCCUUAAAGGUUAUGGUUGAAAAAAUGGGAUUUCCUGAAGGGCGUCACAAUGAAUCAUCUUUAGGUUGUGGGGAUGUUCUAGCUUGCUGCCAACUUUGGAAUAAAAUGGAGCAGCGGAUUGCAACUCUUGAGUUUGACCGUGAUAGAAAAUCCAUGGGGGUUAUUGUGAAUUCCAUCUCCCACAAAAAAUCAUUGCUAGUGAAGGGUGCAGUAGAGAACUUAUUGGAUAGAAGCACAUCUAUUCAGUUGCUUGACGGCUCUGUUGUAGCAUUGGAUCGGUAUUCCAAGGAUCUUAUCUUACAAAGCCUUCAUGAAAUGUCAACAAGUGCAUUACGUUGUCUAGGUUUUGCAUACAAAGAGGACCUUUCAGAGUUUGAAACAUAUAAUGGUGAUGAAGACCACCCAGCUCAUCAGCUCUUACUUGAGCCGCGUAAUUAUUCUUCAAUUGAGAGCAAUCUCACUUUUGUUGGUUUAGCUGGGCUUAGGGAUCCUCCUCGGAAAGAAGUUCGUCAAGCCAUUGAGGACUGCAGAGCAGCUGGAAUCCGUGUCAUGGUCAUUACAGGAGACAACAAGCAUACAGCAGAAGCCAUUUGUCGUGAAAUAGGUGUUUUUGGACCUUAUGAUGAUAUCAGUUCUCACAGCUUGACUGGCAAAGAGUUUAUGGACCGUCGUGAUAAAAAAACUCAUUUAAGACAUAGUGGAGGGUUGUUGAUCUCCAGGGCUGAACCAAGGCAUAAGCAAGAAAUAGUAAGGUUGCUUAAAGAGGAUGGUGAAGUUGUUGCUAUGACUGGAGAUGGAGUAAAUGAUGCACCUGCCUUAAAGUUGGCUGAUAUUGGCAUAGCAAUGGGUAUUGCUGGGACAGAGGUUGCCAAGGAAGCCUCUGACAUGGUGUUAGCAGAUGAUAAUUUUAGCACUAUUGUUGCUGCUGUCGGCGAAGGCAGGGCCAUUUACAACAACAUGAAGGCUUUUAUCAGGUACAUGAUCUCCUCAAAUAUUGGUGAGGUUGCCUCUAUAUUUUUGACCGCUGCUUUGGGUAUUCCAGAAGGAAUGAUCCCCGUUCAGCUUCUCUGGGUUAAUUUGGUCACUGAUGGGCCUCCAGCAACAGCGUUAGGGUUCAAUCCCCCAGACGGAGAUGUAAUGAAAAAGCCUCCUAGAAGGAGCGAUGACUCCUUAAUUAAUACCUGGAUCUUAUUCCGUUACCUGGUGAUUGGACUCUAUGUUGGGAUUGCAACAGUUGGUGUAUUUAUCAUAUGGUACACACAUCACACAUUCAUGGGUAUUGACCUUAGUGGAGAUGGCCAUAGUCUUGUCACUUACUCUCAGCUCGCAAACUGGGGCCAGUGUGGAUCUUGGAAGGAUUUUUCCGUGUCACCAUUCACAGCUGGGUCGCAAGUGUUCAGCUUCGAUGCAAAUCCAUGUGAAUACUUCCGAUCUGGAAAAAUCAAGGCAUCAACUCUCUCGCUUUCCGUAUUGGUUGCCAUUGAGAUGUUCAAUUCCCUCAACGCCCUCUCUGAGGACUGCAGCCUCUUGAGAAUGCCCCCAUGGGUCAAUCCAUGGCUCCUUUUAGCCAUGUCUAUUUCAUUCGGCUUGCACGCUCUGAUCCUUUACGUACCUUUCCUAGCUCAAGUAUUUGGGAUUGUUCCGCUCAGCUUUAACGAAUGGCUUUUGGUACUGGCUGUGGCUUUCCCGGUCAUUCUAAUCGACGAGGUUCUCAAGUUUGUUGGGAGAUGUACAAGAGGGUUGCGACGGUCUAAUUCAACCAGACAUUCAAAGCACAAGGCAGAGUAAGCGAGCUCUCGGAAAGGAUCGUGGUUGGUUUGAUGGAUCUUCAGUUGGAUUGCUAAUUUUGGCCCAUUACCUUAAACCCUUCACUUUUUAAUACAAUAAGGGUUGGCGUGGACUAAAUUAGGUUUCGAUUAGGCAGAAUUGUAUCGAGUACUUUUUUUAGAACAAUGGAUUAUUCUGGAAUUCAACUUGCAGAUCUUUCAUCUUA